GCGCCGCCUCUGGCCGAACUACAGUACCCGGGCUGCCUUGCAAGGGAAGCCACGACAGCUCCGAGUGCCUGGGUCUUCUUUUUUUCCAUGUUUCCCCCGCUCGGUGCCGCGAAGUGUGUGGACGUGCUGGCGAGGCUCCUCCGCCUCCUUUCCUCGGAAGCAGCAGCAGCAGCCGGAGCCAUUGCAGCCGCGGGCGGCGAGGCUGCCUCCUCCUUCGCGUUGCAAACGCGCUGCGGGACCGCGGAGCCUUUGCAGACGCGUCACUUUUGCAGAAACCAAACACCCAGCAGGUAAGGGGGGUAAAAAAGGGAAAGGUGCGUCUCUAGGACCUGGCCGGAGUUGGGCAAGUGUGAGUCAUUCUGGCAGGUCGGGGUGGCCCUGGAAGUGCAUCAGAGUUUGAGGUGCGAGUGGGGGGGGCCCCAACUCCCGUGAUCGCGCGUUCUCACGUGCUUUUUUUUUUUGCUUCCGCGCUGUUCCUGCUUCUCUUGCAGAUCUUGGGGUUUGGGAGUGGGUGGGUGGGUGCGGUGGAUCGGGCGAGGAAACAGCAGCAAGUCCCCCCCCCCCCCAAUAAUGAUUGCUAGAAAUCCAGAGACCCAGAAUCGGAAGAAGUGGAGAAGGCGAUUGGGGUGCUGAGACCUCCCCCUCCUGCUAAGAAUGACUUGUUUGGGCUUAAGAUAGGGCUGGGGAAAGUAGGGUGGUGGUCUGACCUGAUGGACGUUUUCCCUGGGGCUGUGUAAGCCGGUGGUGGAGUUGGUGAAGUUCUGCUUGUGAAAUAAGCGCAGCAUGAUGGAACUCAGUGGAACUUGUUUCUGAGAGGACAGCAAUAAACUGGUGGGAGGCUUGGGGGGUGGGGUGGGUCUUGUUCCUGUUUAUGCCUGCAUAAAUCCACCCGGAUGAGGAAGAGAAGGUUGAGAAGUCCAGGGCAAGAAGCGAGGUGCUUCUGCCCCUGGUUUAUUCAAAUUCCCUAAAGAAAAUUGAGAUCAGUACCGCCACUCUGUCCCCUUUCCUCACUGAAACUCGAGUGUCUUUUUUGUUUUUUAGUCCUGGGGUCCUCAGUUGACACCCUCACCCCUGCCUCCCUCUGUGUGUGGCCUCAGCUGCACUAUAUCAUUAUUAUUAUUAUUAUUAUUAUUAUUAUUAAUUAACUUAUCUGUCCUUCACCCCAUGGUUCCAGGGUGGUUUUCAUUGUUCAAGCGCAAUAGUAAAAACUUACACUCAAGAGGGGUGCUAAAAAUAGACACCUCUAGUGUCAAAAGCUAGGAUAAAGAGGUGUGUCUUCACAGCACUUUAAACAAUCAUGGCUUCCUCUCCCCUCCCCAAGAAUUAUGGGAGCUGUAGUUUGUUAAGGGUGCUGGAAGUGGUUAGGAGAACCCUGUCCUCCUCUUACAGCUACAAUUCCCAGAGUGGUUUAACAAUCAGUUCUUCCUAGGAACCUCUGUGAGGAGAAUAGGGGUCUCCUCUAACAGCUCUCAGCACCUGUAAGAAACUAAAGUUCCCAGGAUUCUUUAGGGGAAACCAUGACGGUUUUGUUUGGUAUGAUACUGCUUAAUUAUUAUUGUUAUUAAAAUUUAUAUACCACCCUUCAUCCAAAGAUCUCAGGGCGAUUCACAAGAUAAUGUAUAGGGCCCUAGUUCUGAUUUUUAUUUUUAGCACGUCACUACUUUAAUUAUGGGGACACGGGUGGCACUGUGGGUUAAACCACAGAGCCUAGGACUUGCCGAUCAGAAGGUCGGCGGUUCGAAUCCCCACGACAGGGUGAGCUCCCGUUGCUCGGUCCCUGCUCCUGCCAACCUAGCAGUUCAAAAGCACGUCAAAGUGCAAGUAGAUAAAUAGGUACCGCUCCAGCGGGAAGGUAAACGGCGUUUCCGUGCGCUGCUCUGGUUCGCCAGAAGCGGCUUAGCCAUGCUGGCCACAUGACCCGGAAGCUGUACGCUGGCUCCCUUGGCCUAUAGAGCGAGAUGAGCGCCGCAACCCCAGAGUCAGCCACAACUGGACCUAAUGGUCAGGGGUCCCUUUACCUUUACCUUUAAUUAUUUACUUUUAAGAGAGAGUUGCAGGUGGCAUGAGAGAGGCAGUGUUGUCCUGGUUUGUGUGCAUGCAUUGUUGGUUUCUUUUGCCCCACCAUAGAGCCCGGUCCAAAUGGUUUUGAAGAGCCAGAAGCUGUCACAAAAACCUGCAGUGCUAUUUGAUCAGAGAUGGUGGAAUAUGUGUGAACAGACACAACUGUCAUGCUACGGGAGCCAACCCUGUUAUGCCCCCAGCCUUGUGGGGGCGGGGAACCCUCUCAUUUAGACUCAGUCUGAAAUUAUUGUUCUGCUGGUCCUUCAGUAGACAGACCCCAGAUACGUAAUGCUACAUUUGCUACUCAGAUUUCCUUCUGUCUCGGGACAGUUUCCCAAGCGUUGGCUCUUAGUUUUAAACAAAUCAACAAGGCGUUUGGAAUCUGGUUUCAGCCACCUUCCUUGCUAGGCAGACACGACUUGCCCACCGUACUCCAAAAAGCAUCAGGCAAGAUUCCUGGCUGGGCUUCCAGUUAAGAUCUCACCUGUUUUAAAGCAGCUGGACUGGUUGCCGGUUCAUUUCCAGGUGCUCAAAAAUAGUGUUUAAAGCCCUAAAUGCCUUAGCCUGGGAGAGGGCAUUCUCUGUCGCAACCUCUAAGUCAGGCAUAGGCAAACUUCGGCCUUCCAGAUGUUUGGGACUACAAUUCCCAUCAUCCCUAGCUAACAGGACCAGUGGUCAGGGAUGAUGGGAAUUGUAGUCCCAAACAUCUGGAGGGCCGGAGUUUGCCUCUGCCUGCUCUAAGUUGUAGGGGUCUCUCCCCACAAAGUGGCACCUCUACCCUUGCUUUUGAGAUGUACAUUUUUAGCGCCUGCCUUAUUUUUGUGACGAUAAAACUGUUUUUAAUAUUGCAGUUUGGUGUUGCAAUUUCCCAGGACCUUAGGGUGAAGGGUGGGCAAGGAAUAAUAAUACCAACCACAGAGACAGGCUCUCAGCACAGAAAAUAACCUCUUCUGAAAUUCAGAGGUGGCAUCUUAGAGCCAUCGUUGUUGCUCAACGUAUACGUGCGGUCUCUUUCCCCAGCCCCAGCAGCUGGGAUCUCUGUUCAAACUGGUUGUUCAGGUUUUAAUGGUGCUUUUGACACAGGACCCAGGGAGGAAAAAACCACCCUGAAAUUGCUGGGGUCGGGUGUCCCGGAAGGCUCAGAGCAGCUUCCGAAACCUGGUGGCCCUCUCAGGGGUGCUGUAGUUGCAUCCCUGUAUUGCAGAUCCUGUAUGGAGCAGCGGGGUUGGGCUAGAAGACCUCUUAGGAUCCCCUUCCACAGGAAGAUUGCUAGAAGCUAGACAAGAACUUGGUUGUUUCUCUCCAACAAGAGCAGUAAAAGGAAAUGUCUGACUUCACCCAGACACAACUAAGUCCUGUGCCACCUAAUGACUGCCAAACUACAUAAUGGCACAUUAUUAGCACAUCAGGCAAAUUAAGUGGCUCUUGGCAGCCCUUUCGGUUUCUGCCUUUGGCAUGGUAGCCUGAAUUUUAUAUAUAUAUACAGCAUAUGAGUGUUUGUGUGACUGGCAGGCCGAUGAGUCUAGCGGAGGGUAGGCUGGAUGCCCAACUCCCAAUUUCUGAGCUUGGGCUUCAGCCACAAUGACGCUGGAUCUAUUUGCCAGGUUGUUGGGGCUACAUUUUGGCUCUGGCGGGGCUAGAACUUGGCCUUCAUGGGCCAACUUUGACAAGUGGGCGGGGCAACCCACCUGUCUGUCACCUGAUGCCACAUCUGGGGAUCAUUGGAUCUGGACUGUUUUCACACACUAAUGCCCCAUCCUGUAGAAAUCUAUCAGUUAUAUUUUAUCUGCACAAUCGGAAUGAACUUCUGGAGAUGCUUUUUCUGUGCAGCCUGAGAAGGAGCAGUCACCAUUAAGAAAAAGAGGUUAGAGCUCAGAGGCCACGAAAGAAGGAAGGAUAACAUCAGGAAGUUUUAAAGAAGGAACUAUUGGAAACUCAAGGCAGUAGAAACAUAAGAUGAUUGGAACCCCACUGAACUUGAAGCAUGGGAAGCCCCAACAAAAAAUUAUAAUUUGGCAGAAUAUUUGGACUAUAUGAUAUGUAUUUGUAUAAUUUGGAAUACUUAAUGUGAUUUGAUUGGAUUGUUAAAAUGGAAAAUUUAAUAAAAAUUAUUUUAAAAAGAAGAAAAAAGAAAGACAGGUUAGAAUAGGCCAGUAUGUGGACUGUCCUAGGAUCAAAUGACUUUCCUUCAUUAAGUUCUCAAAUUUCUUAACCUAGCUCAAAGUUGUCAUCUGAACUUACCAGAUGUUUAAUUGAUAAUCAGCCACGGUCAGUCCAGGAGAAGAUGGCAAGUGUGGGAGGAAGAUUCAAGGACUAUCAAUAUUAUAUUUUGGGAAUGAUUCCCGUUCUUAUGUAGCUGCAUCAUUUUAUACUUUCUGGCUGCCCCAUGGCCAUAUUAUAAAGCAGUUCUGUUCUAUGUUAUGAAUCAAACACUGCUAGAAGUUGUUGCAUCCUCCCCCCCAUCAAUAAAAUAUUUUGUGGUAUAUGCAAGCAAUUUUUUAUUCUGAGAGUGUGGCCCAGAGAAAAAAGUUUGAGAACCACUGGUCUAAAGCAACUAAUAUAAACAAUGCAAUAAACAUCAAUAGUUUAAAAUGGCACCGAUUCACAGACAGUUACACCGGGUAUAAGAGAACGAGCUAACCAGAGCCAAAGGCUCCAGAAAAAAAGGACAAAUUUUAAAGAGAGAUUUGAACAUAUGGCGUGAGGGGGCAACUCACCACUGCUUCCUGGAAGGUGAUUCCACGCAUAUGGAGCAGGAAAAUGGAAAGAACCAUGACACGCUAGAGAACAAGAAAUUCUUGAAUGAGUUAGAAGCACAGAAUCAGAAAAAACAACAACAGAGAGGGUGACCAGGCUUUGGCUUCAACCAUGUUGCAGCAUUAGGUGAAAGGUAAAGGACCCCUGACAGUUAAGUCCAGUUGUGAACGACUCUGGGCUUUACUGGCCAAGGGAGUCGACAUUUGUCCGCAGACAGUUUUUCCGGGUCAUGUGGCCAGCAUGACUAAGCUGCUUCUGGCGAAACCAGAGCAGCGCACGGAAACGCCGUUUACCUUCCCGCCGGAGCGGUACCUAUUUAUCUACUUGCACUUUGACGUGCUUUCAAACUGCUAGGUAGGCAGGAGCUGGGACAGAGCAACGGGAGCUCACCCCGUCACGGGGAUUCAAACCGCCGACCUUCCGAUCGGCAAGCCCUAGGCUCUGGUUUAGACCACAGCGCCACCCGCGUCCUACUGUUGCAGCAUUGGGUGCUCCCAAAUGUUUCACCGUUUCCUCUGCUUUCCCCCUACAUGUCACAGUUCCUUGGUCGAAACCGUGGGAGGAGACUUAUGGCCCCGUGUAUUUUUCUGGAUGGUGGUGACUCUUGAGCCCAACAGUGGUGGGACUUCAUCAGGGAGCCGUUUUGGACCAGAACCAAAGAGCCCCGCCCUGGGGGUGUUGUCAUGCAGAACAACUUUGCAACGAUGGCCUUGCUGGGUAAGAACCCCAAAUCCUGCCCCAUCCCAUGGAAUUCAUUUUAUUGUGAACUGGGGUGAAGCAAUGGAGAACAUCUCCCUAGCCAAUGAUGGGUGGAAUGGCCAACUGACCUGGGCCUUUCUGCUCCUUCCUGCGCAGGGUUGCCUGCUGACGAGCCAGAGCUGAUCUGCAAGAUUGAGUCUGAGGAAGAGCAGUGGAUCCCAAGCGAGCAAGUCGCGAGAGGGAGGCGGAUCCUGCCUGGAAGCAAAUUAGGUGAGGGGCCAACUAACCAGGAAGUCUAUUCUCUCUCUCUAUAGUUUUUAUUAUUAGGGACGCGGGUGGCGCUGUGGGUAAAACCUCAGCGCCUAGGACUUGCCGAUCACAUGGUCGGCGGUUCGAAUCCCCGCGGCGGGGUGCGCUCCCAUCGUUCGGUCCCAGCGCCUGCCCACCUAGCAGUUCGAAAGCACCCUUAAGUGCAAGUAGAUAAAUAGGGACCGCUUACCAGCGGGAAGGUAAACGGUGUUCCGUGUGCUGCGCUGGCUCGCCAGAUGCAGCUUGUCACACUGGCCACGUGACCCAGAAGUGUCUGCGGACAGCGCUGGCUCCCGGCCUAUAGAGUGAGAUGAGCGCACAACCCUGGAGUCUGGCAAGACUGGCCCGUACGGGCAGGGGUACCUUUACCUUUACCUUUAUAGUUUUUAUUAAACUUUCUGUUUUACAAUUUAGAAUACUAAUUUACGCAACCUUAAAAUGUCAGUGGCUUCCCUUCUUCUCUUUCCAUAGUUCAUUUUGCAUAUCAUAAAUCCCUGCAUAUUUUACAUAAACUAAACCAUUCAGUAUUCCAUUAUUACAUCCACCAAAACUUGUUUACACGGUUGAAUUUAUCUUAAUGCUGCCAACGUUUUCAAGUGUACACAUUUUCCAAUCUUUAAACGUAUGUCCUCCUUGCUCUCUUAUGUUAGGUCUGCAAGCUGCACAUAUUCCAUCAGUUUAAGUUGUCAUUCUUCUUUAGUUGGGACUUUGCUCAAUUUGCAUUUUUGGGUUAACGAAACACAAUAGUGGCAAACAUUAAUAACCUUUUUUGACACCUGGGAAUUUCCGUCUGAAUUUUCCCCAACAAAAAAGGACUCUGGUUGUUGUUUUUUAAAAGUACUUUAAAACUUUUUUUUCCCCAAUUCAUUUUAAAUUAUUUCCCAAUGCUCUUUUACCGUUUUACAGGUCCACCACCCAUGAAAGAACAUUCCCUCAACCUCAUUGCAAGGAAGUUUAUUCUCCCUCUGUCUGCCCAGAGUUUGAGUGAGCAGGUUGGGCUCACUCAGCACUGAGGAAGAUGCACCCUUCUCACUCAAAGCAUCAAAGAAGAAUCAAAGAAUUGUGGAUUUUGAAGGAACCACGAGGGUCAUCUAGUCCAACCCCAUGCAAUGCAUGAAUCUCUUGCCCAAUGUGGGGCUCGAACCCACAACCCUGAGAUUAACAGUCUCAUGCUCUCCCGACUGAGCUAUCCCAGGGGAUUCGUGCUUUGUGUGCCUCAAGCCUGGCUGUACAGCAGAGUCCACUUGAGGAAUGCUGAAAACCUUCUAGCUUCUUAGUAUCAGAUCUAGUGCAGUCCUUAUUUUUGUUGACAACUCCCUCUGUUUCAAGAGUUUAAAAAUUAUUGUGAUGCUUCAGGACACACAUGCAAAAAAAAGAUACCGUAUUUUUUGCUCUAUAAGACUCACUUUUUCCCUCCUAAAAAGUAAGGGGAAAUGUGUGUGCGUCUUAUGGAGCGAAUGCAGGCUGCGCAGCUAUCCCAGAAGCCAGAAUAGCAAGAGGGACCGCUGCUUUCGCUGCACAGCGAUCCCUGUUGCUGUUCUGGCUUCUGGGAUUCAGAAUAAUUUUUUCCUUGUUUUCUUCCUCCAAAAACUAGGUGCGUCAUGGUCUGGUGCGUCUUAUAGAGCGAAAAAUACGGCAAUUAAACAUUCUCAGCUGUUUUCUCCCCACCCUGUUCUUUCUGAUUUAACCUUUCUCUCUCUCUUCACCUCCCUCCCACUUGGCUUCACCUCCCUCCCACUUGGCUUUCCAGCGGCCGAAACGCCUGAGCCUGCCAUCGCCCCCUACAGGCAGUAUCGCGGCACCACGUGGACCUACCCUGAGAUCAUAGACCUGCUGGUCAUUUGGCGCGAGCGGGAGAUCCAGCAGGAGCUGCAGCGGAGCCACCGGAACAUCGAGACUUUCCAAGUGGUGGCCGGCAAGAUGGCACAGAGAGGCCACAAGCGCUCUGCCCUGGAGUGCCGCUCCAAAAUCAAGACUCUGAAGAGGGACUACCGGAUAGCCAAGGCCAACAACUCCCCGGGGAAAGGACAUUUGGCCUGGCUCUUCUACGACCAGCUCGAUCACCUAUUGGCCAACGAGGCGGACGUCCCGCCCCCGGAGGUGCUGCCCGCCUUGAGCCGCCGCGGGGCGUCUGUCGCCGACUCGAUGUCUCAGUGCUCCACUGAGGAGGAAGCUGCGGCAGAGGGGGCCCAAGCGGGCAGCCAGGAGACGUUGGCUCUAAGGACGCGGUCGCUCCCCCAGGUCCCCAGCCUGAGGGGUGGCUUCCCUGUACCGUACAUAAAGGAGGAAGCCCCCGAUGAAAUGCCUGUGACGUCUCCCACGGGUCAGUGGCGGCAUUUGGUGUCUGAGGAGAGCCCUGUGGAAUGAGGUUUUCAAAAUAGUCUUUAAAAAAGAAAGCAAUCCCUGGGAGACAGUGUCUUUUGUUUUAUUUUCCUGCAUUUAGAUUCCGCCUUUUCUUCCAAGGAGGCCGAGGUAGCGUACAUGGUUGUCCUCCUCAUUUAAUCCCCCACAACAACCCUGCGAGGUCGGUUAGGCUGAGAGCCUGUGAGUAGUCGAAGGUCAAGGUCAUUGAGCUUUGUGGCAGAGUGGGGAUUUGAACCCGGGUCUCUGUGCUUUUCCUGUAGGAAAAAAAGUGCCGGUUCUCACCAUGAAGUCGUUGCAGUAAAUGCCACACUUUUAGCCAGUUCUUUUUGUCUAGGGGAAAAGGGUGCCAGUUCGGCGCUGUGGUCUAAACCGCUGAGCCUCUUGGGCUCGCCGAUCGGAAGAUUGGCGGUUCGAAUCCCUGUGACGGGGUGAAUUCCUGUUGCUCUGUCCCAGCUUUUGCCAACCUAGCAGUUCAAAAGCACACCAGUGCAAGUAGAUAAAUAGGUAUCUCUGCGGCGGGAAGGUAAACAGCAUUUCCAUGCACUCUGGCUUCCGUUACGGUGUUCCGUUGUGCCAGAAGCGGUUUAGUCAUGCUGGCCAAAUGACCUGGAAAGCUGUCUGUGGACAAAUGCCGGCUUCCUCGGCCUGAAAGGAGAUGAGUGCCGCAACUCCAUAGUCGCCUUUGACUGGACUUAACUGUCCAGGGGUCCUUUAGCUUUACCCUUGAGUACCGUCAGGGGGAAAAAUACUGCCUGGUCUCCCAGGUCUUAGUCUUGACACUCUAACCACCUGUACCACUACAUUGACUUUAAUGUGUGUUCCGCCUUUCACCCAAGAAGUGCUGAUAUCCAAUGCUGAAAUCAGAGGUGUUAAAUAACCUGUCCUACACUGAGUUUUGGAUGCUAAUAGCUGAAAUUCCUUCAUUGUUCAGGAAUCCUUCUAACUCUCCAGUUCUGUGAUUCUGUGAGUGUGGCUAACUUUGGCUAUCAAUAAUAAUAAUAAUAAUAAUAAUAAUAAUAAUAAUUCAUUUAUAUCCCACACAUCUGGCUGGGUUGCCCAAGCCACUCUAGGUGGCUUCCAAGACAUGAAAACAUACUAAAGCAUCAAACAUUAAUAGUAACAAUCUGAUCCAAUAUAAAAGCCAUAAUAACUUUAAAAUAAACAACAUCUAUCAAACAAAGCAACGUUCAGCAAUCCAUCAGAAUCUAAUAGUAAAACAGUAAAAUUAAACAUUAGCAAAUAGUAAUUAAAAAGUUCAACCACAAUAAAGAAUUACCAAUCUGCAAUCAAUAAAAGUAACAGCAAAAUACCACAAAACAUACAAAAACCAUGUAAAAGGAUCAAAUUGAGAAACUAAGAAGCACAACAUAAAACUGUAUUAAAAAAAUAUCCCUGAACUCCUCACUUCCCAGCUGCUGCUGCUGCUGUUCUCAAAGUUAUAGUCUGGUAAGGCUGGGUGGGGACAGACAGGUGGAAAAGCCAUUGCCUGAUGACGAACAGAAAGUCUCUCUCUCCUCACCCAAGCACUUUUGUACCAUAAGGGUAAAUUAAAAAUGACCCGCUGUUGCUGUGAAAGGUCAAAGCUACUGUGGCAUUUGGAAGGCUAAAUCCAUUUACCGUGGCAUAAUUGCUGCUUUUGCAGCAUACAUCUAGUUAAACAGUCCAAAGCCUGCGAAAAAAGUGGAAUAACUUGGUCUUCAACAUGCCGCAGGAUCCAGAGAGCCACUGUGGGGUAGUGGUUAGGAAGGCAGGCCGUGAUGGGAGAUGGCAGGGUUGGAAUCCCCAGGAAGCUCACGAGGUUUUUGCGAAGACAAAAUUGAGAGGUGGGGUGACAACCAUGUGCUGCCUGGAGCUCCUUGAAGAAAAGUAGGGUGUGUGUGUAUAUAUAUCCUCCUCUCCUUUGCUGCACUCGUUAUAAGCAUGUAGAUCCAAGCGGAUGAUUUUGUGUCACUGUGCCUCUUGGCUGUCAUCCCUCUCCCAUAAUGCACUGCUGCUUGGCCAGUGUGUUGCUGGUGGUGCACAUUAGCUACCAUGAGAUGUACAGGGACGUGGGUGGCACUGUGGUCUAAACCACUGAGCCUCUUGGGCUUGCCGAUCGGAAGGUCGGCGGUUCGAAUCCCCACGACGGGAUGAGCUCCCGUUGCUCUGUCCCAGCUAAUUCCAACCUAGCAGUUCGAAAGCACGCCAGUGCAAGUAGAUAAAUAGGUAUUGCUGUGGCGGGAUGGUAAACAGCAUUUCCGUACGCUCUGGUUUCUGUCAUGGUGUCCUGUUGCGCCAAAAGCGGUUUAGUCCUGCUGGCCACAUGACCUGAAAAGCUGUCUGCGGACAAACGCCAGCUCCCUCAGCCUGAAAGCGAGAUGAGCGCCGCAACCCCAUAGUCGCCUUUCACUGGACUUAACUGUCCAGGGGUCCUUUACCUUUUACCAUGAGAUGUAGUGACAGCCGGCCAGCUUAGACAGGUUCACUGGAGAAAUUUGCGGAGGAUUAAAAAAAACACCAGUGACUGCCUGCCAGUGAGUCAUAUCCAAAGUAGCGAUAAAACCUUGCAAGAGAAGAGCUACUUCCGCUUGCGCAGUGAGACUUCCCAUCCCCCGCAGUGUGCUCCCUAAAUCUGUUCUGGGGUUGCCUCCGAGCCUCCAGAGCAGAUUUGGGGAGGGCAUGAAGCACAUGCUCUACAGGAGGCGAGAGGGAGCAAGUCCUCUUGCAUCAGCGCAUGUCCUUCCUCUCAUGCAGUUAUUUAGUUAUAAAAGGACGCAGGUGGUGCUGUGGUCUAAACCACUGAGCCUCUUGGGCUUGCUGAUCAGAAGGUUGAUGGUUUGAAUCCCCACGAUGGGGUUAGCUCCCAUUGCUCUGUCCCAGCUCCUGCCAACCUAGCAGUUUGAAAGCACACCAGUGCAAGUAGAUAAAUAGGUACCACUGCAGCAGGAAGGUAAACAGCGUUUCCAUGCGCUCUGGCUUCCGUCAUGGUGUUUCAUUGCACCAGAAGUGGUUUAGUCAUGCUGGCCACAUGACCCAGAAUGCUGUCUGUGGACAAAUGCCGGCUCCCUCGGCCUGAAAGCGAGAUGAGCGCCACAACCCCAUAAUUGCCUUUGAAUGGACUUAACUGUCCAGGGGUCCUUUUUACCUUAUUUAGUUAUGGGAUGUUUAGUCAGAAUCUCCUUUCUUGUAACUUCAAUCAUUGGUUUUGGUCCUGCCCUCUAAAGCGGGAGCUAAACAAGCUUGCUCCAUCCUCCACGAGGCAGCCCUUGAGAUAUUUGAAGAUGGAUAUCCUGUCUCCUCUCUUCCAGGAUAAACAUACCCAUCUCCUUCAACCGGUCCUUCAUAAGGUCCUUGGUUGUCUUUAGCUGCCAGCCUAGUGCUUGAAGACAAGACUGUUAUGUUCUUGAACUCGAUAAUCAAAAUGCAAGGGCUGGGUUAAUGCCCAAGGGAUUGCGGUGUGUUUUGUAUAUGAUGAUCAUUUCAUUCUUAUGCAUUCUGCAUUCACACAUCUGCCCCCAAGCAUUUCCUCAGUCCAUUCUGCACAACAAUAUGCAUACGUUGUGGUUUUUGAUACAAUAGAUCAGAAGCAGAGGGGGGCUAGGGUUGUUGCUGUGGACGAAGGCCAGCUAUGCUUCUGAAAUUAAUCAAUGUAAUGUGUUUCUUCAGGAACAGCAGAAGCCAGCAGUCCAGCUCCACCUCUGCUGCCUACUCCCUGCGAUAAACCGGGCAGCUCUGCCUCAACAGUAGGUAAGAACAGAACAAAACAAGCAGAUAAGAACUGCCAAUUCAUGAGGUUCAUCAUUUGAAUGACUGGAUGCAAAUUAGCUGCUCGCCUGGGGCAAGGAAGAAUCCUUUCUAAUCGGUGGAGUUAUGUUAAUAGGUAGCUUUAUUAAUUUAUGAAUCACUUUUUACAUACUGUCUCAAGGCAAUUGGCAGGCAGGCCACAGAAGGAGCGGAACACACACACAAAAACGCUUUUAAAAGCAGCACCAAAAACCAAGUUGACGUUUUCGUUUUGUAUUGUUAAACCUAAGGCCGUUUCUUCCAGGUGGAGAAUUGUGUCGAAACAAAUUCGUCUUCAGUGUUUCCAGAAAUGUCAUUCGUUUCCAGAAAGUACUGGUAGCGAGUGCUUGUCUCAUGUCAACAGGGAUGCUGUUCGAGGGAACAGCCUUGCAAGUUGGUCUGCAAACGUCACUCGCCCAUGGUCAUCUGCAGGAGCUUGCCGGGCCACACAAAACUAUGUUAGUUAUUUGUGGCCCACAAGCCAAAGCAUACCUCUUCCCUGUUGAGUUACCCGGAUGCAUUUUUCUUUCUUGCCACAAGCAACCAGACAGGUAGGUACCAACAAGCCGACUUGCAAGGGAUGGAUAGGAGCCAACACGUUUGUCUUUCCUUGGCACUGUGGCUCAGUUGAACCAACCCAUGGUAGAGAGAGCUUACAGAUCAAUUUUUUUAAAAAAUCAAGCUAUACCAAAAAAUGACACAACACAAAAGGAAAAUAAGAGGAGGAGGAAGGAGGAAGAGGGGGGAAAGCAAACUCACACACUGCUUCUUAAAGUUAACGCUGAAAAUCCGAAUCAUGUUGACUCGGAAAGUCCCACUUUGUUCGAUGGGACUUGCUGUCGAGGAAGUGAGUUCUAAGCAUAAUUUUGUUUCCUGCUUUUCAGACGGGGCCAUAACCCCCUCCCCAAGUCCCUUGCCCGACCCCGCCAGGUCGUACGCCGCAGAGCGCCUCGCCAACAUCCGGAAGCGGAAGAGGAAAAACAGGCAGGAUCUGGCGCUGGAAAUCACCCAUGCGGCCGACAGAAGGGUGCAGGCAGCCACUGACCGGAUCCUGGCAGCCCUGGGCGAGUACACGAAGGCCGAUCUGGAGGAGCGGGAGCGGGACCGCGUGGACACUGAGCAGAUCAUUGCGCUCAUGAACCGCCAGACGGAACUGCUAGAGUCACUUGUGCGAAAGCAGGCAGAGGCACAGGCUCCCCCGGCCCCGGCCUUAACCCGGCAGGCCCGGCUACCCCGGCUCGGGCAGCCUGGUCACGCGGCAGACGCUUCUCCCUUGCGCUUGGGGUCCACCAGGCGGUCCAUGGCGAGGGCAAGGUACCGGAGGUGACUCCCGAGACAGCUGUGGCGGCGGUGUGGCUGUGGCGACGAUCUUUGGCUGUAGUUCCGUUAGUGUGCGGGACAUCCGGGCUGCGUUUGUAACGGGUUGUAGUUUUCUUUUUCAGGAAUUUAAAAAACCUUUUUGCAGUUAAUG